AAUUAGUAAGGUCGUCCAAGGAAAAACCCAGUACACAUGCGUAAACAAAUCCAGGCUUUAAACUUCCUGGUGCUUUACAUCCUGCUAGACAGGUGUAACUACAGACGUUCAUAAUAAUGAAAUGGGCUACGGAGAUGGUGGACGUGACCUCGUCGGUUGAUUCGUAGCUUACCCACCUUGUCACAAUGCAGCAGGAGGAGGUAAUACCCAGCAAGCCUUACUACUUUGCUAACUUCAGGAACACCACUGAGGUUGCAGAGUUUCUGAAGCUGAAGUCGAAGGGUAUAGCAGGGAUGUAUCUGGUGCGACCAAGCUUUAAGAACCCUCAGAACCUCACAGUGUCUGUAGUUGUCAAGGAUAGGACAAUUCGACAUACUAAUAUUAUAGUGGACAAAAGUGGCAGCUGUCGUACCUACUACCUUGUGAAGGAAAAGCAGUUUUGCAAUUUGCAAGAUCUGCUGGACUAUUACAGAACAAACGAUGUUAAGAAUCUGGAGAAGGUCAAUCAUGUACGGUUCCUGAACCCUGUGUUGCGUUCCACCAGAGGGAGCAUUCCUGACGACAGUUCCUCCAACUCAAGCUGUACAUUUCAUCCUCCGUUUACUGUUGCACCUCCCCCUCCUGACAGGCCCCCACUCCCAGAACGCCCAACAACUCUUCAACGUCGCCAUGGUAGUGGCAGCAGCCAGUCCUCUUUGUUGAGUGCAACUUCCUCAAUGCAAGCAAUGUCCCCGAUAGGAUACCAUGCAGGCUUUUCACAGGAUUCUCCGAAAGGGUUCUUCCCCGACACAGUUUUUCCUUCCUCCCCAGGUACGGCUGAUGACCGCCCGCCAGCCCCUCUUCCUGGAGGUCACAGGACAGGGGGUCUGUAUUACUCUACACCCAGGAAUGUUGAGGAGGAUAUCAGUGAGAGAUUGAAAGAAGUGUUAAAGCAGAAUGACCGCUGUGACUGUGGAAUUCCUCGCGAAAUGGCUGACAUGCCUUUAGGUUGGACUGUACACAAAAGUAAAGAUCCAGGUACUUAUGGUAGACUGUUUUAUCAAAAUGUCCAAGGUGUCACAACUUGGAAGAUCCCUGCUGAGGUUCAGGAAAAUAUGACAGUGCAGCAAAAUUACAAUAUCAGAACUCUUACUGAAAUGUUUUCAAACCAGCGGUCUCGGCCUGGUUUUCAGUCGUACCUUGAGUCGCCUUCCAACUCCACAGCAAGUGACAUGAGCGACUUCAGGCCAGACGCAAGUCGCAGAAGCAACAUUGCUGUGUUUAAUGGUCAGAAUCCAAACACAAACUCAACAAAAUUCUAAUGAUACUCCAUGUAUUUAUUUUAUGUUUGAAACUUAAGAUACGUUAAAAGUGUCCUUAAUGUGAUGUUUAACCACUUUUGUUUGCCCUUGUUGCCCCUGUACAGAGAAUAAUGUUACCUUGAUAGUGAACAGUAGUACACAGGUUGCUACGUAAGUAUUUUUACUGUGACCGAUGGUUUAAACACUAGAGGAAUAGACUUAACUGGUGAAGGGAAAAUAUUUUGUGGUGCCAAAAUUCCCCGUUAUACAAUUAAACCAGUAAUACUUUAGCAUGUUAUGUCCUAGAGCUUGUGUUACACGGAAGAUAAACCAGUUGUACACAGUCUAGUAUUAUGAGUUCUGACAAAAUGUUCAAGGAUAUUCAUAAUCAACUUCUCAUUUCUCAUUCUCUUUGUCAAGUUGAUGAUAAGAAUUCACGUGAACAUCCAUCUGUUGGCUGGUUUCUGCUAUCUGUUUAUAAUCGGUUAACAGUCCAUUGCAGUAUCUAUCAGGUAUAGACACUGUACAUGUAAGUGUAUGUCUGAUGUCUUCUUGUGUGUCUGAUGUCUUUUGGACAUCGUAGCAGUGUCAUCGUUACCACUACACUUUGAUUAUAUACAGUGUGAGUGUUUGUUAGGCAUUUGCUAGAAUGUUUUUCAAGCCAAUUUUUGGAGACAAAUCAAAGAUGUUGUUAUCAGCCUUGUUGUACUGCCAGCCUAUUUUCAGUAUCUAUAGGAAAAUUAUGAAGAAAAAGAAGAAAACUGGUACCUUGAUAACUGUUGUUGAUAAGGGAGGUGGCAAAUAAAAUGAAGGACAAAGUCAAGGUUUACUUUCUGCCAGUGGAUUAUAUCAUACUGAUGCAAGUACAUAUUCAGCGGGUUUUUCGGCCAACCAAAACCUUUAGAAAUUUCGUCAUAAUGUUGAUGUAGAAAAAAAAUAGCAAUUCAAAUUUGGGGGUCUACUAGAUGCUAGAAAUCUUUUUAUUUAAGCAGACAUAUACUUAUUAUUCUAGCAAUAUCUAAAUACCCACAAUUUCACUAGUUCAAUCCAUAAAGGUUUGUGUUUUAUUUAAUUAUUAUUAAUGCUUAUCAUAGCUGCAGUGAUCUAGGCCCACCAUAUCCCUGCCGUUUGCUCAUUAGCUCAAAUUGUGAAUAUUAAACAUGUAUAAAAAUAACUCGCUAUAUGGUAAUUUCUUUUGCCAACAAGUGCAUUAAUGCCAAUUAAUGUCUCCACAAUGAAAUAUUAAACUCGCCCCUGUAAGUAGGCAGGAUAAUGUUGUCUCAACUGUAUUUGUAUUGAUUUGUUUUUGUGUGAGGCUUAUGACUUUAGAAUUCAAGCUGUGUUUUCUUUU